AGAAAAUAGUUUCAAAAAUUAAUUAUAAACAAAACAUGAGGAAAUAGAAAAGAAUUACAAAAACUAUGUACAUUGUUAUAUUAAUUGUAUUAUAUUAAUCUAUUAAUAAAAUAAUAAUUUCUUGCAGACUGGUAACAAACACUGUCUGCAGACCACACUUUGAGUAACACUGCUCUUCUGGACUAGGCUGCUAAGUUACUCUUUAUGUUACUGUUUAUGUUUUAUAUUGGGAAAAGAUAGACUUGUGCCCCUUCCCAUUUCUCACUUUAGAAUAAGGUACAGAUUUUUACCUAACAGUGUGAAUCUAGGUGUUUAAGUAGUUUCAACCGCCUGACUCUUGAAUUUUCUUUAAAUCUGUGUGUGUUGAUUUUUAAAAGAUCCGUUUUCCCCUGAUCUGAAAUGUCUUCUGCCAUCAUUAUUUUUACUAAGCCAAGAUUGCUAGAGGCUUGUGAGCUUGUAAGGAAAAUUAGAAACUUUGUGAUAUAAGUUGCUUGUAAUCUGUUUUAUUAAAUUUUAAUAAAAUUUUAUUUUAUUAAAUUUCAUUUAUCUGUUGAGAAUCUCAGAAAUAAUGCUUUCAUGAAAAGUAACAAGUAUUUGCAUGUGUUAUUUUAAUUUCUUGGUUUAGUCAUAUAAUUUUGUUAGCAUUUGUGUUUUCCAAUUGAGCUGUGGGGCAUUAAACAGUUUUUCUUAAGGGUUCUUCACAGGCAGGUGUGAAUCGGUAUGUUGCUUCAUUUCUUUAAGCAGCAAUCUGUAGAUCUUAAUGUUCUCGCCACAAUGUAUAAUUUUACAAAAAAUUGUAAUCGUAUAAGGUAAUGGAUGUGUUAACUGACCUUAUUGUGGUGACCAUUUUGCAGUAUAAACAUGUAUCAAAUCAUCACGUUGUAUAACUUACACUUACAUAGUGUUAUAUAUUGAUUAUACCUAAAUAAAGCUGGAAAAAAAGUAAGCUGCAAUCUAGGCUUUAUAUCAAGGCUUGGUGAUAUUGCCAGCACUGCCUGUGAUUCUAGAAUGUCCCAGAGAUUAUUAGCAUUUGGUUUGGAGGGAGUAGAAAGUGAUAUUUAAGUCACAUUGAGGUUUUCUUCAAUGUUGAUAAAAAUCAAAGAUAAAAUAUCUUUGGAUUCCACACAAGGUCUUUUUACAACAGUUCUUUUGUUUAUAUUGCUUAAAGCAAGUACUGUUAGUGGACAGAGAAGUUUAAAUUCUAACCUUUUUAUAUUCUUUGUAUUACCCAGUUAAAUAACUUUAAAAUUAUGUUUUUUGAAAGCUACCGUUGCAUGGUUUGUAUAAGUUAUAUGUGUAUUAGUGGAAAGAAAUGCAUACCGUCUUUGCCUGUUUUCCUUUAGGAUAAUUCCUCUCCUGCAAUUACUUUUGGAUGGAAGUAUGCACUUUUCCCAAUAGAAGAUGGUAAUCUCGGAGAAUGACCAUGGAGAAGGGGAUGAAUUCUGGAGAAGGGCUGCCUUCCAGAUCAUCUCAAGUUUCGGCUAUUAAAAUAACAACCAAAGAGUUGGAAACAAAGCAGUCCCAUAAAGAGAAGCGAGGGGGCUUUGUGUUGGUGCAUGCAGGUGCAGGUUAUCAUUCUGAAUCCAAAGCCAAGGAGUAUAAACAUGUAUGCAAACGAGCUUGUCAGAAGGCAAUUGAAAAGCUACAGGCUGGUGCUCUAGCAACAGAUGCAGUGACUGCAGCUCUGGUGGAACUUGAGGAUUCUCCUUUUACAAAUGCAGGAAUGGGAUCUAAUCUAAAUCUCUUGGGCGAAAUUGAGUGUGAUGCCAGCAUAAUGGAUGGAAAAUCAUUAAAUUUUGGAGCUGUUGGAGCACUGAGUGGAAUCAAGAACCCAGUCUCUGUUGCAAACAGACUCUUGUGUGAAGGGCAGAAGGGCAAGCUCUCCGCUGGCCGAAUUCCUCCCUGCUUUUUAGUUGGAGAAGGAGCCUACAGAUGGGCAGUGGAUCAUGGAAUACCCUCUUGCCCUCCGAACAUCAUGACCACAAGGUUCAGUUUAGCUGCAUUUAAAAGAAACAAGAGGAAACUAGAGCUGGCAGAAAGGGUGGAAACAGAUUUCAUUCAACUAAAGAAAAGAAGACAAUCAAGCGAAAAGGAGAAUGACUCAGGCACUUUGGAUACAGUGGGUGCUGUGGUUGUGGACCACGAAGGGAAUGUUGCUGCUGCUGUCUCCAGUGGAGGCUUGGCCUUGAAACAUCCAGGGAGAGUUGGACAGGCUGCUCUUUAUGGAUGUGGCUGCUGGGCUGAAAAUACUGGAGCUCAUAAUCCCUACUCCACAGCUGUGAGUACCUCAGGAUGUGGAGAGCAUCUUGUGCGCACUAUAUUGGCUAGAGAAUGUUCACAUGCUUUACAAGCUGAAGAUGCUCACCAAGCUCUGUUGGAGACUAUGCAAAACAAGUUUAUCAGUUCGCCUUUCCUGGCCAGUGAAGAUGGAGUGCUUGGAGGAGUGAUUGUUCUCCGAUCUUGUAGAUGUUCUACAGAUCCUGACUCCUCCCAAGACAAGCAGACGCUCCUAGUGGAAUUUCUGUGGAGCCACACGACGGAGAGCAUGUGUGUUGGAUAUAUGUCAGCCCAGGAUGGGAAAGCCAAGGCCUGCCAGGAGGUCCCAUUGGAUUUCCCUGAAUAUCUGCGAAACAUGAGGAUGGAUUUUCCUGUGAACUUCUCUUUUAGACUCACAUUUCAAGACUCCCUCCCGGUGCGGUGGCAGGACAGUCUGUGGCCAUUGAAGGUGGGGUUUGCCGCCUGGAGAGCCCGGUGAACUGACCCUUCAGGCUGAGCAUGAAGCGUCUGAGAGACAUUUCAGAACCUGAGCUUUCAGGGUUUUUAACUCAAGUUGGAUGUUUUAUCUUCCUCAUUUUAUAAUUCCUAUUGCAGCCUGUGCACUGCUCACGACGCUAGUGCUGCUGUAGUUAGUUCUUAGUGAUGUGCGGGCCUUUGGCGGGUGAGCGGGACUGCGUGUGUGUGUGUGUGUGUGUGUGUGUGUGUGCGCGCGAUCAGAGUGUGUGCUUGCUUCUCCCUUGAUGAAACAGAAACUCCUCCUUAUCAUGUAACCUAAGACCAGGAAUGAUUAAAUCAUCUUUACAAAUGUGUGCUUUAACUGUUUACAAGUAAAACCUAAAGUUGCAGGAAAUAUUUUUUAUUUCAUAAAGAGGUACCAACUGUCGUUGAUGUAAUGUGUGUGAACUGAAGAGUAAAUCUACUUGUUUAAAUGAUUUGACAGUGGUAGUGCUCCAUUUAAUAACAGUAAUAGGUAAUAAAGUGUUUUUAUUUGCUAACCAGUUUAAGUGGACCCUGUGGUGACUUACACUGCUGUCCUCCUCCCUCAUAUGGGGCACUUUCUCUUUAACAAAGAAUGGUUUCAGUGAAACAGUCUAGCAGAGAAUUAAGGUCAGAACCUUUUUAAAUAAUAGUCUUAUUGAUAAAGUUUGUACUUCCUUCCUCAAGCUUUUCUAAGCUUAAAUACUGCAUACCUUCGAGCUGUAUGUACUGUAUUAUGAAAUAAUAUGUAAAGAGAACAUACAGUAAUGCACAGUCCUUAAUUUGUGUAUAAUGGAAUGUUAUUUACAAUGUAACACUGUAAAUAAGAAAGCAAAAUUUAUGGGAAAAUUCAAUAUUAUCUUUGUUUCUUGUUUAAAUAUAUUUUUAAGAUAAAGGCACAAAAAUAAAAGAAGCAUAUUACUGGGUAUAGUGUGUGACUCCUCUUCUCAGAC